AUGAUAACGCUUCCGUUCAGAACGAUGACCUGGAGCAUCAUCCUGACAGGUCUAGCCAUAGUGGACACGAUCAUGUUGUGCGCGAUAGCGAUCAACAAACCUUUCGUUAUUGACAUGAUGGGCAUGGACGUUCUUGCCAUCAGCAAUGCUGGCUGCAAGACUUUCCACUUCGUCCGUAGAGCCGCCAAGAUGGCAUCGUCCUGGUUAGUGGUGGUCAUCUGCAUCGAGCGUUUCUUCGCCAUCUGCUACCCGCUGAAGGUGAAAAAGAUCUGCACCAGACAUAACACGAUCGCUGCCAUGGUUGUUAUCGGUUCCGUGGCCAUUACGUUCAGCGGUCUCUCCACCGAGAACGUUGGUGUGCGUGGGUCAGCAUGUCUGCCUUCCAUAGCCACGAAUGAGACGAGAGUCCAAGGAAAGGUCAUGCUGCUUCUCGGAUCCUCUCUGUCGGGUGUGGCGCCCAUGUUGAUCCUCAUCACCCUCACACCCAUCAUAUGCUGGACCCUCGUCAGGCACAGGCGGGCGCGAACGGUGAUGACGUCAUCGGCGAAACUUGCCGAUCCAUACACGAGAGUUUCGGCCAUGCUGGUGAGCGUCCACAUGUCUUACAUCAUCCUAGUCCUGCCUAUGUUCGUGGACAUCAAUUUAAAGUUCAUGCGCCCGUUCAGUGCCGCGGUAUACGAUGAAGAAAUCAUGGAAGUUUUUGGGAAGUUUUCCAGGAUUUGUGAAAUGAUCAACCACUCGAUAAAUUUCUUUCUGUAUGUGGGAUUCAACUCUUUGUUUCGAAGACGGCUGGCGCAAGCGUUUUCUCGUAGUGUCAGCGUUGAUAGAAGUAAUGCUGACUUAAUGGGCUAG